GACUCAUCAUCCUUCAAGCUUUUGCCACUUACUCAUCAGUUUCCUACAAAAUGGCUGUAACAAAUGAACGACUUCCAGCUAUAUUAUUCGGCCUACGAUACUUCCGUGGUAUAGCACUAUUUUCGAAUGGCUACAACAUUGCAGUCAUUGGAGCAGGCAGUUGGGAGGGUCUUAUUGUUGGCUAUUUCGUUGGAAUGCUUGGUUGUGCACAUUUCUUGCUUGGCAUGGGUGUUGGUGCAGGACACACUUGUGGUUCAGUUUUUGCUUCAGAAUGGACACUGGGGCAGCAUGGCAUUACUGAAAGUGCACAGCACUGGUGGUUGGUGGUUGGUAUCAAAACUGUGAUCAAUGCUGGUUUUGUGCUUUCUGGUUUUGUCCCACUUGUCUUGUACUGGAUCUUUGGAGAGCAGCACCUCCAUUUGAUUAUUGGAGUCUGUGCAUAUCCUGAAAUGGCUCACCAUGAAGUGGUACUGGAAAAGUGUUCUUGGGUUGUCAUUGGCAUGUUUGCCAUAUACUCUUCCAUGAUUAUCAACAAUGUCACAGGGGGCAGCUCAUCCCUAUCAGUUGUGUUGGGAUGGUCUGUUGUCAUCAAGUUGUUUUUAAUUCCAGUAGUCUGUUCUGUAUUCCAGGUGCCUUAUCUGCUGAGCCUUUCUGGAACUGUGCUUGGCACAUUUCUCAUUGAUUACCUUGGUGUGAAGACAACCAUGGUUGUUUAUGGAAUAUUCUUAACUCUUGGUGAAGUUGGCCCUGGCAGUUGCCUCCAUGUUCUUCCAGCAAAAAUUGGUCCCUACAGCCCAUAUCAGUGGACAUAUCUACAGUGUUGCAGCUACAGUUGGCAAAUUGGGUGCUUUUAUUGGAACUAUGGGUCUUCCCACAAAUCAUUGAUGCUUUUGGUGGUUCAAAAACUGCAAGGGGAAAGUACUGGUCCAUUCUGGAUUGGUAGUGGCCAUGCCAUUCUCAGUGUUAUUGUGAUACUUUUCCUGAUAAAACCCCUUACACCUGACAGUUUGAAAGCUGAAGACAAAGCUUUCCAUCAAUACCUGGAAGAGAAUGGACUUAAUGUGAGCAAUAUGGUCAUUGGAAGACCAGCUGAGGAGGUGAUCUAUAAUGAGAUGGACAUGUGGCAAUUGCACAAUAGUGAAAUUGCAUGA